CGAAGUAGCCGCCUUUUUACGGGGUCAAGAUAUUAUUAUUGGCCCCGGCCGUGGCAGUAGUGUUUCCUCACUGGUGGCUUAUUUGCUAGAAAUAACUAGCCUUGACCCCUUGCAACAUAAACUAUUUUUCGAAAGAUUUUUAAACGAACAAAGAAAAACUUUGCCAGAUAUCGAUAUGGAUGUUGAAAAUCAAGAAGAAGUGUUUAAUUAUUUACGGAAAAAAUAUUCUUCUUACCAAGUAGCCCGUAUUAUGGGAAACAGAAUUAAAAAAAAUCCUUCUUUUGCUGAGCAAAACCUAUGGUUUGCAGGAUGCCAAGUUAAACCCUUGAAAACCGGAGUGAUUAUUAAUGAACGCUCCUUAGCGGGUUCAAUUCCCGUCAAGUUGGAGUCCGAUUUUCUGGUGAGCCUCUUUGAAGAAGAACAAUUAGCCCAGUUAGGUUUCAAAAAAUACGAUUUUCUUAGUCUGAAAGAAACCCUGGGUUUUGUUACCCUGAUUAAAAACUUAACUUCGCACCAGCAUUUACCCGCCAAGUUGCCGACUUAUCAAGAAGUCGACUUGGCGGACCCCAAAACUUGGGAACUGUUAAAUAAUUUGUGCUUGACCGGUAUUUUCCAACUUGAUACCCCGGCAGCACGCAGUUUAUUUCUACGCUUUCGUCCCCAAAAUUUUGCGGAGCUAGUGCUCUUUUUGGCUUUAAACCGCCCGGGAGCUAGAAGAAGGGCCGAAGAAAUUAUUUCGCAAAAAAACCAGCCGGGAAAAUCUCCUUUUGUUUCUCCAGCUUUACAAAAAAUCCUAGCCGAAACUUUUGGCUUGAUUAUUUUCGAAGAACAAAUUAGCCAAAUUCUCGCUUUGGUGGCUGAUUGUUCUUUUGCGACUGCUGAUUUGCAACGACGAGAAAUUGCAGUCAAAGGCCAAAAAAAGCAAAGUUUAAUUAUGGGAUUUAGCAGCCUGAAAAAAUAUCAGGCUAAUUUUUUUGCGGGGCUUUUAGAAGAAAGAAACAAAAACGGUCUUUACCGGAAUUGGGAAGAAUUUUUGUCCCGCACGAGCGAAUGUCUGGGAGUAGAUAUUGCUACUUUGGAACAAAAUAGUCAGGCUAUUUUCCGUUAUCUCCAAAUUCGACAAAAAAUUCCGACGGUCAAUAACAACGAUUUACCAUUUUUAUAUUUGCCAACU